AUGUCGAAUUUACGAGCCCCAGCAACCGACUGGCCCCCCAAGUCCCCUCAUGCUGCGCUCCUGCUCUCACCCAGCGGUCGCAAGAGGCUCCAGAACCGGCGCGAGCGCACUUCUGUCUCCCCAUCACCCCGUAGGAAGCCAGCAUCCGCAUCUAAAGCGAGCGCAAUGCUAGAUUUGCCAGACGAUGAUGAAGAGGAGGAUGAGGAGACGCUUCAGCUCAAAAUUCAGGCCAUUGAGGCGCGGCUGAAGCUCAAGAAGCUGCGCAAAGCGAAGGCGGAGCGGUCGGCAACCUCUGGUGCAGACAGCGAUGGUGGAAGUGAAUCAAGAAGGGCAGGUGCCGCAGCCAGAUUGCAGCGAUCAAGAGCUACGCCGCCCGUAGAAACACCUGCCGUCGAGGUCCCGCUGUCUCCGAUUGAGGAUCGAAGGGCGCCAGAACUUCCCAAGUCACCUGCAAGAGUGUUAUUAGGGAUAGACAAAGGGCUUAGAGCACGGGAUGUAUCCCUGAAACGAGCCGCCAGCUUACGGAAUCGGACAACCGCACCUAAAGAUCAAUUCGGAUCGGAGCUCAAUCGACCGGCUAUCUCGAGGGGCUCUAGCUAUGUCUCUCAGAGCAGCUCAACUGCGUCGCAGUCGAAGAGCUUCAGCGAGCGAAUUGCAGAAAGCAGAUUGACCGAUAAACAAAGGCAGGAGAAAGAGGAGAGGAUACAGAAGUCCCGAAGCCGCGGUUUCGGCCUUGACGUCAAUAUCAAAGGUGGCACACAGGAUGAAGAAGACAUCUGGACGGCGUCGCCCGCUGUAUCUGGCGGUGCGAAUGGCAGAGGUGGCGGCGCGCAAGGCACAGGAGAUAUGGGACCUCCAGCAACAAAACCCCCUUCGGGCGCCCUACGAACGCGACGGUCAAUGGCAGACAUCAACAACACAGCAUCGACGCCGAGCGACUCCUCCAAACUAUCAAAUCGCCCAACUUCAUCCCGCUCCGACUCCCAGCAAUCAAUCUCCUCCAGAUCCACAGUCCCAACUCCAAGUACAGCCCAUCGUCCCUCCAAAAACCUAUCCUCAGCAACAGAAGAUCCUCCACCCAGCGACACCACCUCCUACGAUCCCUUCUCCAACCUCCACCUCACCAAGCGCCACAUCCACCAUACCACCCUAACUCGCACAUUUGAAGACAAGGCCCUCUACACGAUCCCCAAACUCCUCGCCGAAGUCAAAGGCCCCACCUACGACCCCCCCGACAUCGAAUCCGACUACAUCGUUUUCGGGAUCCUAGCCUCCAAGUCCACGCCCCUCGCCCACCGCAACGGGCCCCAGAUCGCCUCGACGGGCGACCCCGAUGACGAGAAGCAGCGCUCGAAGUACAUGGUGCUGCGCCUCACGGACCUGAAGUGGGAGCUCGACCUCUUCCUCUUCGGCUCGGGCUUCGAGCGGUGGUGGAAACUGACGCCGGGGACGGUGCUAGCGGUGCUGAAUCCGGGUAUCAUGCCGCCCCGCAACAGAGACACGGGCGCGUUCAGUCUCAAGCUCGGGAGCUCGGAGGAUACCGUGCUCGAGAUUGGGGUGGCCAGGGAUCUGGGGUUUUGUAAAAGUGUUAAGAAAGAUGGGAAGGAGUGUCUGAGUUGGAUUGAUGCGCGGAAGACGGAGUUUUGCGAGUUUCAUGUCGGGCUGCAGGUCGAGAAGAUGAAGAGGGGAAGGAUGGAGGUUAAUACGAUGGUGGGGUGGAGUGGGGGGAGGGAGAAGGAGGGCCCGAGGGGGAGGAGGCUUGAAGGUGGGAUGUUUGGGGGUAGGGGUAGGGAUGGGGCGGGUAAGGGAGAUGGGUUGAGGAAGGAGGGACGGUUUAGGGAUGAGCUGACGCAUGAGACGGCGUAUAUCUUACCGGGACAGUACUCGGUGGGCAGUGCGGCGAAGUUGCUGGAUGCUGAUAUCAAUGGCUUCGAGAGAGGCCGUGACCCGAAGGAGCUGCAUCGGAAGAGAUUGGCGGAGCAGGAGAAGGAGAGGGAGCUCGCAGAUCGGCUGGCGAAAAGCGGCAGCGGGAUGGGGAGCGAGUACAUGCGCGUUCGCACGGACAGUCAGGCCAAGUCGUCGCUGGAUGGUUCCGGCGCGGCGGCUUCGUCGGCACUGCACGAUCCACCGGAUGCGAGAGCGCUGGGUUUGUUGGGAAACAAGGCCAGCGAUGUCAGCUUGAAUCCUGUCAAGCGGAAACGUACGCAGGGCUCAGGUACACACAGCGAACCAAUGGGGUGGGGUGGCGCCUUCAAAACAGGGCUGCUAAGUCCCACGAAGAAGGUCGGAGGUCUCAGAAGUGGUGACACUGUCAGAGAGACAAGUCCCGCCAAGAAGAAGGCAAGGCUGCUGCUUGAUGGCAAGGGCAUUAGGGAGCCCGGAAGGGACAGUCUUGGAAUCGUGGCAGUGAAGGACGAGGACGACGAUGACGACUUAGAUAUCAUAUGA